AUGGCCUCUGCUUUCUGGCUGCCACUGGCCGUCACCGGCGCGACAAACCUUCCGGACGUCGCGCCAGGCUUGUUCAACGUCAGUGCGCGCAUCGAGAUCGACAAUACAAACAUCAGCGCGGCCUGGGACGCGCUCACCAACUUCCCUGACUAUCCCAAAUGGAACCCCUUCGUCCGCUCCUCAGUUGUCGUGGAUUCCCGCAACAGCUCCCUUCUCGUCCAACGCCCUGUCGAAAAUUCACAGCUCUUGCUACGCGUCCAGCUCCCAGCGCUUCCUCUUCCUGUCAAUGAGAACACACAAGAGAAUUUACUUAACACGCAAUUAUCUUAUGAAAACGUCACCCAUGUGCAGCCGGAACUAGGGCGUCUUGCCUGGGAAUACUAUCCUAGCCCGCUCAUGGCCGCAGAACGCUGGCAGGCUUUGAGUGUGAACGAGCAUGGACAGGUGCUGUAUGAAAGUCGCGAGGUUUUCAGCGGUACUUUGGCGCCACUGACGCAGAAAUUGUACCAGCAGAAGCUGCAGGAGUCCUUCAACGCGCAGGCUCAAGGCUUGAAGUUGUGGUUGCAAGGAGGCUAUCGGCCGUGA